GGAUCUUACUUACCGAGCAAACCAGAAAGUGAAAUCCGAUCUUCAUUUUCCGGUACUGGUCAUCAGAUAUUUUUAUAACAACUGCGUGGGCGGCAAAUCCGUAGCGUGGUCAAAUCGCAGUGUUUACUGUUCCUGUCAGUGAAGCCGGCUUCCUCGAGGAUCUGUUCGACAACAAUUUUACGUGAAAAGAUGAGUGGCGUUGCUCAAUCCAUUUUAUCUCAUUUUAAGUCGUUUGGCUGGCAUGGUAAAUUGCUGACCACGGUGGGCGUAUUGUUUACGGUGGAAAUGUCGUACGAGUUGUGUUUGUACGUGCAGCGAAUGUUGCGAAGACGCAAAUCGCAGCGUCAGUUUUGCAAUGUGUUCUUUAUGAAUCGUCGCCUCCCGGAGAAGGUUUUAUCGGAUCCGGUUCUGAUUGUGACCGAAAACAUUGCGCGGCUCGUUAGCUACAUCGAUCGGGCCCAGGAUUCCAUCUGCCUCUCUCUGUACAUUUUCACUCUGAUGGAAGUGCGAGAUGCUGUUAUACGCGCGAAAAAAGAACGUGGCGUGGCUGUCCGGGCGGUAACCUGCGAGUCGAUGAUUUACAACGGCGGUGCUCAGUUCAUUCCCUUGCUGGAUGAAGGUAUCACCGUCCACUAUAAGAUCAAAUCGGAUCACCUGAUGCACCACAAGUUCUGCCUGCUUGAUGCGGAGUGGCUGUGCGUGAACUGUCUCAUCGCAGAACACAUUCAACAAACGGGGCAACCGUCGAAAGACAUGCAGUACGCGUUAUUUGACCGAGCCGUGCAGACCGAAAGAAAGACGUUGGAGGCACUGUUUGGUAGCUCCUGUACUAGAUGUGAUGCGACCAAACGGAACGCCAGGGAGAAACGUCUAACGUCUUCGGAAAACCCUCUAGCACCGGGCGGUGUAUUGAUUACUGGGUCUAGCAACUGGACGAUGCCCGCACUCACGGUGCACUGGGAAAAUAUGAUAUUUACCUCGUACCCUGAGCUAGUUCGCCCUUUUGCGGUAGAGUUCCAGAGGCUGUGGUACGAACUAGGCGAUGACAUGCGUGCCAGCAAACAUUUGGCGUUAAAAAAUGGAAACUCAUUUGUUAAAUCCAAGAAUCCAACUGCUGAAGAGCACAAUGUGUCAAUUGUAUGAAAUACCACGUACAGAUUCCAAUAACUGCCCGUUUACCUACACAUUAUGCUUCCAAUAAAUAUAUAUAU